UAUUAUACGCUGAAGCACAAUAACACUACUGUUCAGCAGUGCAGUAAUACAAACUCACGCAGUCAAAAUCUAAUCUAGAGCUCGAUAUUUUUUUAUUCAAGCUCUCAUUACCCAUGACUGCAGCGCAACACAAUACGUCGGUUGGCAACAGACCAGUGAUGAAGCUACAUGAGGUAUUUCCUUUCACUUGAGAAAAACGGACAGCAUACGGAAGGAGACACCGACACGCUUGGAUCUGACGUGUCGGCGACCGGCUUUAGUUAUUCGGUGAGGUAUUCGGCUAUAUAUAUAUAUAUAUGCUCGGAUAUAUUCGGAUAUACAUUGCCCCCGCAGAAUAUGAUGCUGAAACGAGUACCAUACUCUCAAGAGCGAUUAGAACCCAAAUUCGUCUCGCUUAUGGGUACAACACAGACCGAGCCAACCCAGAUGAAGUUGGGUAAGUUGAAAGUGGCACGCCAGAGGUUGCUACAGCGUUAUGAGCACCAGCCCUUUGUCUUCUGUCUAGCUGGACUCUACGGCUGCCAGUGGAAACAUUACCAGCUCACACAUUCUCAGCCCGGACGCUGCUGCUGCUCUAAGCUGGAGUGUGGCAGUUUUGCCUUGAUCGUUCUGACCUUUUGUAUCAGUCUGGUGUUCCUGUACUUUUGGAGUGAAGCACGGAAUGACUACAAUGACUUUGACUGGUUUAAUUUUGGUAAUCUGGGCUUCUGGUUUCCGUGGUCCAUAGUUUUGUUGAUUCUUGCUAUUUUUUUGUUUACUUAUGUUGCUGUUCUGCUGCUGCUGGCAGUUUGUCUUCUCACAGAAGGGCAGAGGUUAUAUUUACAUUGGUGUCACAAGAUCGGGAUUUCAGUGACUUUGAUUCUCUCCGUUGUUGCCUCAUCUGUUCUCACAGAUUUAUGGAGCAAAGAAUGGAUGACUGUACUUUUAUCUUUUCAGGUAACAGCUCCAUAUCUACACAUAGGUGGUGUAGUUUUAAUGACUCUAUUAUCUUGGCCAAUAGCUUUCCAUGUCUUCCGUAUCAAUAUGAAAGUGAGACGGAUGGCCAUCUUGGUGCUGUAUAUAACUGUUCUAGUGACUUUGUAUCUGGUUCCUCUGGGCAUGUACUCCCCUUGCAUUAAAGAGAGGAGCAGUCUGGGAUCAGCUCCAGCUUUAAUUGGACACAGGGGAGCACCAAUGCUUGCCCCUGAAAACACCUACAUGUCUUUUGAGAAGGCACUGGCAGCUGGAGCUGAUGGUCUGGAGACUGAUGUCACUAUCAGUUACGAUGGCAUUCCUUUUCUCAUGCACGAUAAGAACCUACGCAGGACAACUAACGUAAAAGACGUGUUCCCAAACUGGACGCACACCUCACCUGCCAUGUUUACAUGGAGAGAGCUGCAAAAUCUCAAUGCUGGGUCCUGGUUCUUCUCUCAAGACCCCUUUGGAACAGCUUCAUCUCUGAGCGUAGAUGAGCGUUUGCAAGCUCAGAAUCAGUCUGUGUGCACACUGAGGGACUUCCUGGAUCUGGCUGCUCAACAUGAGAAACUAGUGAUCUUUGAUCUGUAUCGGCCGCCCAGAGGUCACCCUUACAGAGAUGACUGGAUAUCCCGCACCCUGGACGUCAUCCAAAACGAGUCAUCCAUACACUCCAGUCAGGUAUGGUGGUUGCCUCCAGAGCUCAGAGAGUUUGUACAAGAAAUUGACCCAGAGUUACAGCAGACAACAGCUGAACAAGCACCUGUGGAGGACCUUCAGCUCAGACACAUAUCCAGACUCAACAUCCAUUACAGCUCCAUGUCAGAGAAAGAAAUCAGAAAAUACGCCGCUGCUAACAUCAGCACCAACCUGUAUGUGAUCAGCGAGCCGUGGCUGUAUUCUCUUGCCUGGUGUGCAGGGGCUCAUUCUGUCGCCACUAAUGCUGUUCACAUCCUCAAGAACCUGCAAAAACCACUCUUCCUCAUGACGCUGGAUGAGUACAGGCUCAUGUGGAUUCUUACCGACAUCGCUUCCCUUAUUCUUGUCGUGCUCAUCUUUGUGUUUCACGGGUGGAGGGAGCGUGGGUUGGCUCUCAGUGUGGACAGCAGUUCAGUACUUGAAAACAGGUCCUACAGACAGUUCAGGACAGAGGUGAAUGAUGUGUGGUCUUUAUCCAACAUGAGCGCCUCUGACAAGCAGGAACCUGAUGCCUAAUGAAGUGUUUUGGUUCAUAUUUAACCCCUUAUGUUAAAAAAAAUCUCUAACUGAUGUUCAGUUAUGGCAGUAUAAACCACUGUUUAUGUGGUACAUUAAAAUCGCACUUACAUUUUAUAAAUUGUAAGCGUUUGGUCAGAACUUCACAGAUAUGUGAGCUGUCAUGGGAUUCAUAUAGUUAACAAAUGCUAAGUUCUAGUGACUAAUCUUGCACGUCAGACUUUAUAUUAUCAUCAUUUGAGUUAUUGCCUUUCACAAGCCCCAGGUUUUAUCAGUGCUACCGUAAAGGUUUCCAUUUCAAGCACGAAUGGAAAUAUUUGUCAUGUCAAUGAAACUGAUGUUUCUUUCACUGAUCUAUUAGUGGAUCCAUUGGUUUUAUGUUUCAUCGUAAGUGAUAUUUAAAAUCCAUGUCAUGGUUUUGGCUGAAUCAUUACUCCUAGACAGGAAUUUAAUUGUGUAAGAAUCCAGGUGAUAAAUCAUUUUUGUACAAAUGUUUUGUCUUCUAAUUUAGUUCAGGUCUGAUUCAGUAUCAUGUUUAGGCUUGUAGGAUCAUUCAGUGUAAUCAUUUUUUGGUUAUUGCAAUAUGAUAUACGUGUGUCUGGAAUUAUGAUGUUCUUAAUGUUUGCUUUAAAGCCAUGUUUGUUUAUUCUUCAUUAUUUGGAUGAUUUUUCUUCAAAUGUUAGGACUGUUACAAUCUUGUUUUUUUACUACUUGAAUAAAUCUUGUGUCUGAUUAAAUUGUUUUACAUUGCAUUUUGCAAGAAACUACAAAAUCUGUUCUUAUAAAAAAUAUUAAAAAUUAUUUUCAUUAAUUGAAAAUAAAAUAUAAAUAUUAGAUGAAAAACUUAAACUUAAAAUUGUAAAUGUUGAAGUUGGAGUAUUAAAAUGACUAAAACAACAACAACAAAAAAACUAAACAAAUAAAGAAUAUAUUAAAAUAACACUGACUGCAAAAUUUCUUUUACCUCAAAUGUUGUUUUAUUUAUAAACAGCAGCUUCCAACACAAGAAAAUAGGAAUGACCAGAAUUAUGAACUACAAAAACAUACAUUCUAAAAAAAAAAAAAAAAAAAAAAAAAAAAGAAUAAAUAAA